AUAUAUAUAUAUAUAUAUACAUACAUAAACGUAUUUAGUAGAGGGUGUUUUCCACUCGCCUCUGCUAACACCAGCAGGUUCGCUCGAAGUCCUCCAUUUUACCAUCUGUCUUUCCGCCCGCCAACAUGUGUACGGGAGCAUGUUCCAAGGUGAUCGCCGUGCCCAUCUACGUCCUGGCACUGGUGUCCAUCAUCUGCAACAUCAUGCUCUUCUUCCCCGACUUCGACACAAAAUACGCGGCCGAAGACCAGUACGGAGAAAAACGCAUCACGGAGGAGGUUAAAUACAUGGGGGGAUUGAUCGGAGGCGGAAUCAUGGCUGUAAUUCCUGCCAUCCACAUCCACCUGACCAGCUCUGGAAAAUGCUGUGCUAACCGCUGUGGGAUGUUUUUGUCUAUUGGUUUUGCGGCGGUGGGCGUGGUCGGAGCCGUGUACAGUCUGAGUGUGGCGGCCCUUGGCCUCAGCAACGGGCCGUUGUGCUACUGGACAAAUCAACAAAACCCCAUCCCCAACUGGGGCGUUCCCUUCGCAAACAGUACUGCGAGCUACCUGAGUGACAAGGAAAUGUGGAAAUGGUGUCUGAUCCCCGAAAAUGUGGUUGAAUUCAACGUGGGACUGUUCUCCACCUUGUUAGUGGCAGGGAGUCUUCAACUUGUCCUCUGUUCCAUCCAAAUGAUCAAUGGACUGUUCGGGUGCAUCUGUGGAACCUGUGGCGGGAAGGAGUGAGUUGAAAGGGCCACUUCUCAAGACCACAUGGAUCAACAUCAACGAGAAAACAUAUUUUCAGGUUUUCGUCAUUAUUGUUAUUAUUACCAUUAAUUAUUUGUAAACAUAUGUUUAAUAAAGUUGAGAAAGUUGUUGGAAAA